AUGGCUUCCAUUGCACGCACCAGCCUGCGAACGGCACUCCGCCCAAUCGCAUCUUCCUCUUCCUACACCGCAUCCACCUCGGCCAUUGCAUCGAGCAGCAAGCUCCCACCCCUGUCGCUCACCCGCUCCAACUCGACCGUCGCCGCAUCACCAUCCUCCACCUCUGUUGAAGAUGCAACUUCCUCGACCGACUUCUCCUCCUCCGAACCUACCCCUGUGCGAUACAGCUACUUCGUCCCACGUGUAGGCAAGACGCUCUCCUCUUUGCCCGUCUACACCGACGUCCGCAACGGCGGCACGCGCACCAUGACCGAGGUGCGCAAAAUCCAAGGCUCCGUCACAGACCUCAAGACAGACCUCUCCGUCUUCCUCUCCGAAACGUACGACGAUGUAGAUGCAAAGCUGGCCAACUCGCCGUUCAAAGUUAACAAGAAACCGCUCAGGCCCAAGGCCGGCCGCAAGAUGGUAGAGCGUACGGGUAAUCCGAGCUACCUGGAUCCUGUGCAGGGGUCCAAGGUGCAGGCGAGCGGGAAGCUCAAGAUUCGCGGGAACAGGGUGGAGGAGGUCAAGGCAUUCUUAGAGAGCAGAGGCUUUUGA